AUGAUCCGUAUGCAUCUCCAGCAACACUUCAGCAUCGAUGAGGACCACAUUUCGGUGCGGCGUACAAGACCAGAUGACUUCAUCGUUCGUUUCACCAACCAGCUAGACCUGGAUGCUGUUCUUAGCACCCCUUCGCCACCGAGGGCGCCAUUCAUCCUACGUUGGUGGCGGUGGAGCCGCCUGAUCAUGGGAUCGGUGGGUGCCUUCAGAUACCGUGUCCUCGUCGGCAUGAAAGGCAUCCCUUCGCAUGCUCGGUCGUUGGAGGUCAUCCAGGUUAUUCUCAUCUCCAUAGGGGCCAAGGCGGAGAUCACCAAUCUAGAGGCGCUUGAUGACUUGAACAAUGAGACUGAACUCUUCGUCACCGCGUGGUGCGCGUACCCUGACCUCAUUCCUGAUGAGAAGAUUAUGGCGGUGCUAGAGGAGGAGGAGGAGCAUGACAAGGGGUCGUCGCUAUAUCUCCGGACGCAUGAGAUUAUCCACGACGAAGUAUCGGCCUUGCGCUACCUGGUGCGUCCGAGGACCAUGGAGUUCCAGGAUUGGCACACUCCUCCGCCCUCGUCUGAUGAAGAUUACGGCUACAACAAUGACGAGGAUAGCAGCGACAGCAACUACAGUGGUUUCCAUCCUAGGUUCGGCGACAGCGGUGGCACGGGCGCGCGGCCACGAAAGACUCGCAUCGCCGGGCCAGACAAGCCUCGCCUAGGUCACAGGUCCGGGCCCACUUUUUUGGGCUCGGGAAGCGAGGCAGGCUGUCGUAGUGGGCGACUUCUGCUGCCCGAUCAUUUCGCCGUGCAGCGCCAUGCCCUAUAG